AUGGAGUUCAAUAGUGCGCCAUCGGUCGCGACCGUGCCUGAAUAUUGGGGUCAUACAAAGGUGAAAAUGAUUAGAUUUAAUUAUAAGUGGACUAUAGACGAUUUUAGUUUUUGGUGCAAGGAAGAGUCUAAAAUUUUACCGUCCCCAACCUUCUUCCCUGAUGACAACGAAGAAUUGAAAUGGUCGUUCCUGAACUUGGAAGUCUUAGCAACAUCGAUUGCAAUAUACCUAGAAUUACUCUCCCCAUCUCUGUUCAACAAACGAAACGGAGUAAACGCCGAAUGUAUGUUGAGCAUUUUAAAUGAGGCAAAAGAGAAAAAAAAUACGAAAACUUUAGGCGUUCAUCAAUAUAUUAAUGGCAGCGACAGUGGCUUUAAAAAUUUUAUAAAUAAAAAUUAUCUCUUAGACGUAGCCAAUGGCUUGCUCCCUAAAGAUAAGCUAACCAUUUUUUGUGAGAUGUGUGUGAAAGCGGAGGUCAUCGAUAUUUCUUCUCAACCACAAACACAACAAUUUAAAUUAUCUGCUUUCAAGUUAAACGAAGAUCUCGGCAAACUAUUUGAUAGUGAGAAAUAUAGUGAUGUCACGGUAGUUGUGGGUGAUCGCAGUUUUCGAGUUCACAAAGCUGUAUUAGCUGCCCGCAGCGAUGUCUUUGCCGCCAUGUUUGAGCACGAAACGAUAGAAUGCAAACUAAAUCGUGUCACUAUAAACGACAUUGAUCCUGAAGUGGUAAUAGAAAUGUUAAGAUUUAUUUACACGAGCGAAGCGCCAAAUUUGGAUAGAAUGGCUGAUGAUUUGUUAGCAGCUGCUGAUAAGUAUGCCUUGGACAAUCUUAAAGUGAUGUGUGCCAAGGCGUUAUGCGCCAAGCUUUCCGUAGAAACCGCCGCCGAAAUCUUAAUAUUAGCUGACCUUCAUAGUAUCGAUCAACUAAAAGCCCAAACCAUACGCUUCAUUCUCACUAAUGCUACCGAUGUUAUGGAAACCCAAGGUUGGCAGAAUAUGAUUAUAAUGCAUCCACAUUUGAUUGCGGAGGCGUUUCGAAGGCUUGUAACAAAACACAACCAAUAA